AUGAUUGAGAUGUCUGAGAAGCCUCUGCUGUCUGUGAUAUCUGAGUUGCUUCUGAUGUCUGAGAUGUCUGAGAUGCCUCUGAUGUUUGGGAGGUCUAAGAUGUCUGAACUGUCUACAAUGUUUGAGAUAUAUGAGAUGACUGAGAUGUCUGAGAAGCCUCUAAUGUCUAUGCCUCUGAUGUCUGAGUUGUUUCUGAUGUCUGAGAUGCCUGAAAUGCAUGAGAUCUCUGAGAUGACUCUAAUGUGUAUGAUGUCUGUGAUGUCUGCAGUGUCUGCGAUGCCUAAGAUGUCUGGGAUGUCUGAGAUGUCUCUAAUGUCCGAGAUGUCUGUGAUGUCUCUAAUGUUCAAGAUGUCUGAGAUGUCUGCGAUGUCUAAAAUGUCUCUGAUGCCUGAGAUGUUUGAGAUGCCUCUGAUGUCUAUGAUGUCUGUGAUGUCGGUGAUGUCGGUGAUGUCUAUAAUGUUUGAGAUGUUUCUGAUGUCAGAGAUUUUUGAGAUUUUUGAGAUGUCUAAGAUGUCUUAG